UACCCAGACGCCCCCGCGCCAGGCACGGUCCUCCGAACGCCACAGGAUCAUGAAGACGACUUGGGCGGGGAUGAAAAUAUACCAACUUCCGCCAGAGGGCGUCGUGACACCGUCAGUUCUCUCUCUGAGGAGUGUGGUGCUCAUGACAAGACCCCACAGAAAGUCCACCUGGCGAGGUCUAUUCUCAGGAGAGCUUUAGAGGAAUCCAACGGACAGAACAAAAAUAACGUUCCACAUGGAAACAUCAAGCGACGGUGGCAACAAAAAGGAGUCCAACUGAGCCCUCGUCGCGGUAGGAAAGGGACAAACCAGUACGAAGAAGCAGAUCCGAACACCUCCACGUGUUCUGCUGAUGGUACAGUCAGCACCAAGGACGGGGACAACAACAGACGUUGGCAGGAGUAUUGGGGCCGGUGUCUGGAGCAGGAGGCUCCCACGUACGCGUUCGACCUGGUCGGCUACGUGUGUGAGGGGCGGCUGUCACGUGGAUUCUUCCCCAGGGUCGUCAACGUUUUCCCGCGCAAUUUACUGCGAACUGCCGAGCAGGCCGUGACGGAAUGUCUGGCUAAUGUCGAGCUGUAG